CAGCAGCAGCAGCAGCAGCAGCAAGGCGGAGACCGCGGGCUGUUCGAUAACCCCAUCGGCGCCCAGGUUCUGCAAGGCAUCGAAGGCGUGGUCGACCAAAAGUUCCCUGGCAUGCACCUGGGCUCUAUGCUCGGCGGCAUGCUCGGCGGCGGCGCUGCUCCCGGCGGACCCGGUGGACCCGGUGGAUCUGAAGAAUACGAUGACGAGCGACCCUCUGGCUAUGGCGGCCAGUCCGGUGGAUACUCUGGUUAUGGCCAGGGUCCUCAGAGCCAAGGCCCCAGCGGUGGUUAUGGUCAAGGCCCCAGCGGUGGUAACCAGUCCUACUCUGGUUACGGCCAGGGCCAGAGCCAGGGUCCCUCUGGUGGCUAUGGCCAGGGUCCCUCUGGCGGUUACGGUCAAGGUCCCCAGAGCCAGGGUCCUUCCGGUGGCUACGGUCAGAGCCAAGGCCCCUCUGGAAACCAGUCCUACUCGGGCUACAACCAGGGUCAGGCUCCCCAGAGCCACGGUCCCUCUGGUGGCUACGGCCAAGGUCCCCAGAGCCAGGGUCCUUCCGGUGGCUACGGUCAGAGCCAAGGCCCCUCUGGAAACCAGUCCUACUCGGGUUACAAUCAAGGCCAGGCUCCCUCGGGCGGCUACGGACAGCAGUCUCCUAACGCUGGCCCUGGCCCCAAGCAAAACGAGCCGGCGCCUGUGUAUGCCUCGGGCGCCGUCCCUGCCAACGCCUUUGAUCAGUUCGACUCGGCCUCCCAUGGAGCACCCCAGAACAAGCCUCCUCAGGGCUCUUCCUACGGCCAGGCUCCUCAAGCUCCUCAGGGCUCUUCUUAUGGCCAGGCUCCUCAAGCUCCUCAGGGCUCUUCUUAUGGCCAGCCCCAGAACAACAACUCGCAGUACUCCAGUUACGAGUCGUCUGGCCCGGCUGCUCCUCAUACCCAGCAGCAGCCGCAGCAGCACCAGCAGCAGCACCAGCAGCAACCCCACAAGCAACAACAUGCCCAGCAGCCCCACGUCCAGCCCCAAGCCCAGAACAGCGGCUACGGUGCCCCCCAGCAGCCACAGCAGGGCAACCAGGGCAACCAGGGCCCCGUCUACUCUGAUGCCCCUGUUCCCGCCAACGCCUUCAGCGCCUUUGAUGCUCGCCACUAAACUACCGUAGCCCCCGCCCCUUCCUCUUGUGUUGUCGAUGUUUGGCCAUGGCGAUUGAAUCUCUGUACAGCGUGUUGAAGAAAAAAAUGGUAUACAUCGUCUCAUUCGGACAAACACGACGUAGUCGAUCAUAUCACACC